AUGCCGAAAAACCGCCCGGCCACGUCGGGGUACGCCCGUCUCGCCCAAGAGGAGGAAGAACGAGGUUAUCUCCAUGACGAUUCGGAUGACGACGACCUCGCCGCAGUUUCUUCGACAGUGUCGACUUCAGCUCCUCGCUAUGCCCCGAUUUCCUCCCGAGCCCAGAUGCAGGCGUCCGGCCUCACCACGCCCCCCGGCCAUCGUCGCAGACACAGUGGAUUCUCGAGACGCGGGCGGCGGAAUUCUGGAGUUGAUAUCAAGGCAAUCAAUGCGCGUCUCGAGCGAUGGGCGGAAGAGAUUGCCGCUAAAUUCAAGAUCAACCGGGUCAAGGGAAAGACCUACGAGGAAGAAAAACUGGAGAUUUAUCACUCAGUCUUCCAAGCACCGGAUGGUGUAAGACCCGUAACAGCAGAACAUCUUGAGUCAGAUGAGUUUGAGGGUCAACAGCGAAGAGCCCGUGCCGAGUUCGAAGAGAUUAUCGAAAGUGUACGCCUGGCAAUCGAGCUGGAUGUCCACCCGCGAAUGAUUUCCCAGGGAAGCUCAGGUAGUUAUUUUGCUCGAAACCCAGAUGGAAAGGUUGUUGGUGUCUUCAAGCCCAAAGACGAAGAACCGUAUGCCUCUCGGAACCCCAAGUGGACCAAAUGGAUUCACCGGAACCUAUUCCCUUGUUUCUUUGGCCGAGCGUGUCUUAUUCCCAACCUGUCUUACGUCUCCGAAGCCGCCGCAUAUGUCCUUGAUGCCCGCCUACGCACAAAUAUGGUACCCUACACCGAUAUCGUUCACCUGUCCUCGAAAUCGUUCUUCUAUGACUUCUGGGACCGUCGCAAGGCAUGGAAGGGAAAGAAAUCGUUGCCCUCGAAGGCAGGUAGCUUCCAGGUUUUCCUGAAAGGAUACAAGGAUGCCAAUAUUUUCCUCCGCGAACAUCCUUGGCCAGACCAGGCAAAUCCUGGGUUCCGCGCAGAAGACGCUCCCAAGCGCAAGAAGCGCCCAUGGAACGAGGCUUGCCGUCCCUCCGGUGUGCAGUCUGAUGAUGAAGACGACGAUGAGAAUGGCCAUAUGCCUUCGCCAAAUCCCCGGGAUGAAAGCGCGGAGAGACGGUUCCACUGGACAGAGAACCUCAAGCAGUCAUUCCGAGAAGAGCUGGAGAAACUGGUGAUUCUGGACUACAUUAUGCGCAAUACCGAUCGUGGCUUGGACAAUUGGAUGGUCAAGAUUGACUGGGGUAACGAACAAGUAUCGCUUGUUGCGGACCCCCCGAAGCCGAACGAUAAGCCCAAACAUGACGAAGAUGAGCUUAUGCCUCCGCCUCGUCCUGUAUCCGUGAACUCGAACGGCACAAAUUCUUCCCACCCCUAUCGAAGACACGAAACUAUGAUGGCUGUGAGCCGUACAGGAACGCCUCUGGCCACCUCUGAACAGUCGGCUUCAAUCCAGAUUGGCGCCAUUGAUAACAGUUUAUCAUGGCCUUGGAAGCACCCUGAUGCAUGGCGGAGUUUCCCCUUCGGAUGGCUUUUUCUCCCUGUUUCCCUAAUCGGCCAGCCCUUUUCGCAAAAAACGCGUGACCAUUUCCUCCCGCUUUUGACAUCUACUGCAUGGUGGAGCGGGACGCAGAUGGCCCUCCGCCAGGUAUUUGCCCAAGAUGACGACUUCAAAGAAAGCAUGUUUGCGCGCCAAAUCGCUGUUAUGAAGGGCCAGGCUUGGAACGUUGUCGAAACCUUGAAGCAACCAGACCAUGGCCCGCUUGAACUGACUCGUCGAACUCGAGUCUGUGUUUGGGACGACCUGGUGGACGUGCCCGUCGCCAUUCCAAUGAGAACUCCUGCGACGGACCAAAGGCAGCAUGCCAUGAAUUAUGACGAUGACGAAGAAGAGAUGGAUAUUGGCGCGGCCAUCUCUUCCCAAGACAACAGCCAUGAUUUACUGGGUCUCGGCUCCUCACCGAGCGAGCUCCCCAAUCCCAAUCGGUUCGAGCUCUCCCGUGGCCGCACUGAUAAAGAUGGCCAUCGAGCCACUGACUCGAUUGGCAGUGGCCCUGAUACCUUCGACGAUAAUAUGUCUCGCAAAACAGCCGAUGGUGCCUACGCCAGGUCUUUGGACGGAGGAUGGCCUUCUCUUCCUGCUCGACCUCAAAAGCAUCACCGACAAGGCGGUUCCGUCUCUUUCCGCAUGCCUCAUGUUAACACUUUUGGCAGCGAUGAUCUCGAAGGUGAUCUAGGAUACGCUGCUGCUGAGGAUAUGGAAGGCAACCAACGUAAGGUUAUUGUGGAGCGACUAGAAGCCGUAAAGAGCAAAAACCCCGUCUUCACCUGGUGCUAA